GAUUUUAGGAGCUUCCGCUGGGUACAGACGAUGAUUUUUGCAAUUCAGGAAAUAAACAGAGACAGCACACUCCUUCCAAGUGUAAAGCUGGGCUAUCGGAUUUAUGACACUUGUGCAACACACACCCAGUCUCUCAGAUCAGCCUUGGCAUCAAUGACUGGAGAAAUAGAAGAGGUGUCCAGCCAGGACUGUGAGGGAUCUGUUUUCAUUCCUGUGAUCGUCGGUGACUCAGGUUCAACACAGUCCAUGAUCAUACAGCGGACACUGGGUCCUUUCAGAGUUCCAAUGGUCAGCUACUUUGCAUCCUGUGCAUGUCUGAGCCACAGGGACAAAUUCCCAGCCUUUUUCAGGACCAUGCCAAGCGACGCCUACCAGGCCCAAGGUGUGGCCCAACUGGUGCAUCGGUUUGGUUGGACGUGGGUGGGAUCAGUGGCUGGUGAUGACGACUACGGCCGCAAUGGCAUUCAGGCAUUCAGUGAUGAAGUCAGAAGGUUGGGUGUUUGCAUUGCUUUCACUGAAGUCAUUCCAAAAGUGUACUCCAGGCAAAAGAUCCUUCAAAUCACAGAGGUGAUCAAAGCAUCGACUGCCAGGGUUAUUGUCAUGUUUGCCAUCGAGGGAGAUGCGUAUCCUUUAAUCAGAGAAAUUGUGAAGCAAAAUAUCACUGGAAGACAAUGGAUAGCAAGCGAGGCCUGGGUCACCUCUGCGUUGAUCGCAGCCAGAGAGAAUCUCCUCUCCCUGACCGGGACAAUAGGGUUCGCAAUUCACAGAGGUGAGAUCCCAGGCCUGAGGAAUUUCCUUCUUGAAGCCCAUCCAUUCAAAACUCCGAACAAUCUCUUUGUGAAGGAGUUGUGGGAGACGAUAUUUAAAUGUUCUCUGAAGACGUCAGGUAGCAUCAAAGGAAAUAAUGCAUCAGAUGCCACUCACAGCCAAUGUACUGGCUCAGAGGACUUAAACAGUACGUACAAUAUAUAUUCAGAUGUGUCUCAACUGAGGGUUUCUUACAAUGUCUACAAGGCCGUAUACGCAAUAGCUCAUGCCCUUCACAAUUUGAACUCUUGCAAAAGUGGCACUGGACCAAAUAAUACCUGUGCAAAUAUCUUCAACUUCAAACCAUGGCAGCUCCUCCAUUACCUGAAGGAGGUGAGGUACACAACCAGGCUGGGCGAGAGCAUUUACUUCGAUGAGAAUGGGGACCCACUUGCCUCGUAUGAUAUCAUCAACUGGCAGAGAAAGGCAGAUGGGUCCGUAAAGUAUGUUCAUGUUGGCAGGUUUGAUGCAGCUUUGGGCUUGGAGCAUGACCUUCAGAUAAAACAAGAAAAUAUCAUUUGGCAUGGCAACCAAAUCUCGGUCCCACAGUCAGUGUGCACGGACAGCUGUCCUCCAGGUACAAGGAAAACAGUUCCAAAGGGACAACCGGUUUGCUGCUCGGAAUGCUUGCUGUGUCCAGAUGGAGAGAUCAGUAACACCACAGAUUCUCUCAACUGUAUUCCGUGCGCACCGGAAGAUUGGCCCAACCCACUGAGGAAUGAGUGCAUCCCAAAACAUAUUGAGUUCCUCUCGUUUGAAGAUACCAUGGGGAUCACCCUGACAACCGUGUCCCUGCUGGGAACGGCCAGCACGGUGGGUGUCGCAGGUGUGGUCUGGUACUACAGGAGAAGCCCCAUCAUCCGAGCCAACAACUCUGAGCUCAGCUUCCUGCUCCUCUUCUCGUUGGCGCUGUGUUUCCUAUGCUCGCUGACCUUCAUCGGGCAGCCCUCGGAAUGGUCCUGUGUGCUGAGGCACACGCUGUUUGGAGUCAGUUUUGUCCUCUGCAUCUCCUGCGUGCUGGCCAAGACCCUGGUGGUGCUGAUGGCGUUUAAAGCAACUCUCCCUGGCAACAACCUGAUGAAGUGGUUCGGGACCCUGCAGCAGAUCCUCAGUGUCCUGCUCUGCACAGCCAUCCAGGUAGUGACCUGCCUGGUGUGGCUGCUCCUGGCAGCCCCGUUCCCAGUGAAGCAGACCAAAUACUACAAGGACAAGAUUAUUUUUGAGUGUGAUUUAGGCUCGGUGACCGCGUUCUGCUGUGUACUGGGUUACAUCGGUUUCCUGGCGUGCAUCAGCUUUGUCCUUGCGUUUUUAGCUCGGAAGCUCCCCGACAACUUCAAUGAGGCGAAGCUCAUCACCUUCAGCAUGCUGAUCUUCUGUGCCGUGUGGCUGGCAUUUGUCCCGGCCUACGCCAGUUCCCCCGGGAAGUACGCCGUGGCGGUCGAGAUCUUUGCCAUCUUGGCCUCAAGCUUUGGCCUGCUCAUCUGCAUAUUUGUUCCCAAGUGUUACAUCAUCCUGUUAAAACCAGAGCAAAACACCAAGAAGCAUCUUAUGGGCAGAACAAGCCAACAAAAGGCUUAA